AUGGAUACCUUGUCGCCGCCACCUAAGCUCAUUCAUCUCUUUACUCUACGUUGUGCGGUAGACCCGCCAAUGGAAGUUGGCCAUGGUCCCUAUGGUCGACGGCGAUGUGUUCCCAUCAUAUCUGGGUCUGUUCAAGGGAACUAUCUGAAUGGCGAGGUUGUUCCAGGUGGUGCAGACUUCAUGUUAGUUGAAGAAGAUAACACAACACAUGUGAAUACCAAUUAUAUGAUCAAAAGCGACGACGGCGCUUUUCUCUAUAUCCGUACUGAAGGGACUCGGGCAGGCCCACCAGAUGUCCUUCGAGCAUUGAUGGAAGGCGGACCAGUCGAUCCUAGUCAGUAUUGGUUCCAUCUACAUGUGAAGAUUGAAACAGGCUAUGAAAAGUACAAGUGGAUGAACAAUCGAGUCAUUGUCGGACGAGCAACGAGAGCGAAAGGAGAAGUGGCUUAUGAUGCAUACUUUUUGGAAAACAAUCCAUGA